AUUAGAACCGGCCCGCAGACCGCAUCAAGCCGGCAGCCCGCAGAUCUUUUACACGCACCAAUACUACAUUUCCCACAAUGCAACGGUGACGCACCGAGCAGUAGGCUGCUUCAUUUCAAUAUUUAUUGGCACAGCAGUCGUCAGCAUCACAGUAAAAUUAACUUUCAGAUACCCAUCAAAAAUGGCAAAACGGAAGGUGGACACUGAGAACCGGGGGUUUCAAACAAGGUGGGAGUCGGAGUAUAUGUUCACGGAGGUAGCUGGAAAACCUGUGUGUCUUCUGUGUGGAGAAAGUGUGGCGGUACUGAAAGAGUAUAAUCUGAGACGACAUUAUGAAACGAAACACGCGGACAAAAACAAGAAUAUGGACAUGGAACAAAGGCUACAAAAGGCAGAGGAAUUAAAACGAGGCCUCAAAUCUCGACAGGCUCUGUUCAAAAAAGCCAAAUCACAAGGCCAGGCUGCUGUCAAGGCCAGUUUUAUUUUGGCAGAAGAGAUCGCUAAAUCAGCCCGGCCAUUUACGGAGGGGGAUUUCAUCAAAAACUGCAUGAUUAAAGUUUGUGACGAAGUUUGCCCAGAAAAAAGGCAACUCUUUUUAAAUGUGAGUCUGAGCAGAAACACCAUUGCCGAGAGAGUAGACCAGUUGUCCAUCAAUCUAAAAGAGCAGCUUGUGAGAAAGGGAAAAGAUUUCAUUGCAUAUUCCUUGGCUGUGGAUGAGAGCACCGACAUUUCUGACAUUGCCCAGUUGUCAAUUUUCAUCCGCGGAGUGGACUCCAGCCUAAGCGUGACAGAGGAGUUUUUGGCUUUACGUCCUAUGCAUGGCACAACUACGGGGCAUGAUUUGUAUGAAGAGGUGUCAAGAUGUGUAAAUGAGAUGGAGCUGCCUUGGGAAAAACUCGUGGGUUUGACAACCGACGGAGCACCUGCGAUGUGUGGACACAGGAGCGGACUGGUGGCGAAGAUACGGGAAAAGAUGCAAGAGGAAAACGCGACAGGUGAGCUGACAGCUUAUCAUUGUAUCAUACACCAGGAAGCGUUGUGCGGUAAAGCCUUGAAAAUGGAGCAUGUAAUGAGCAUCAUCACGCGCACAGUUAACUUUAUCAGAGCCAAAGGUUUGAAUCACCGCCAGUUCAAGGCAUUUCUGACGGAGUUAGAAACGGAGCAUGGUGAUUUGCCUUAUCACACAGAGGUGCGAUGGCUAAGCCAGGGAAAGGUGCUUCAAAGAUGUUUCGAGCUUCGUGAGGAGAUUUGUCUGUUCUUGGACAGCAAAGGGAAAGACACAACACAACUCCGAGACGAAAUGUUUCUGUGUGAAAUGGCUUUUCUGUGUGACAUUACGAGUCAUCUGAAUGCAAUGAACUUGCAGCUGCAGGGUCGGGAUCAUGUCAUCUCUGAUAUGUACAGUACAGUGAAGGCAUUUAAAACCAAACUGACUCUGUGGGAGACGCAGAUGCGGAAAGAAAAUUUGAGCCACUUUCCCAGCUGCCAGACCAUGAAAGAGAAGCUCUCUACCAGUGCGUUCCCGAGUGCACAGUUGGCUGAUAAAAUAGGUAUGCUUGCCGCUGACUUUCGACGCCGAUUUGCUGACUUUGAAGCACAAAAAAGCAGGUUGGAACUGCUCGGUAACCCAUUUGCUGUUGACGUGGAAAGCUCACCACCAAACCUCCAAAUGGAGUUGAUUGACCUCCAAUGCAAUGAUGCACUGAGGGCAAAAUAUGCGGCAGUGGGUGCUGCGGAGUUCGCCCGUUUCCUCCCCGACACAAUGCCCCAGCUGCGCAUCCAGGCUGCUCAAACGUUGUCUAUGUUUGGCAGCACAUACCUGUGUGAACAACUGUUUUCUUUGAUGAACCUGAACAAAACAUCACACAGAAGUCGACUUACUGCUGAACACCUCCACUCAAUUCUGAGGAUUUCCUCAGCUCAGAGCCUUACCCCGAACAUUGAUGAACUUGUGGAAAAGAUGGGACACCACCAAGUAUCACCCUCAACCUCAAACAAGUGAACAUUAC